UUUAGCACCAGGCCCUUCUUUCUUCCUUUGUCUCAUGUUUCUAGCUCUUCCCAGCCUACACUGAGUGAGGGGGUGGCCUUGGGGCCUCUGGUCCUGAGAUGGGCUCUCAUGUUGUUUCAGGGACCAAUGGUGUUUGAGGAUCUGGCUGUGUUUUUUUCUCAAGAGGAGUGUGUGAGUCUGCACUCUGCCCAGAGGUCCCUCAGCAGAGACAGUACCCAGGAGUGUUUCAAGGAUAUGGCCUUGAUAGGAGCGUAAGGCAAGACCGAGAUCACUCAGCAGGUAAAUCUAGACUCUACAGGACCUGAAGAUCUUGCCCCAGAAAACUCCUCCAUUGCUGUGGCCCUUCUCUGUUCCCCUGACAAUGGAGGUGGAGACCCUGAAAGGAAAGUACCAGGUGGAACUCCCGCUUGCAAGAAAAGGCUCGUAAGCCUGUCAGUUACCAUCGAAAACCACACCCCAUUAACAGAACUAUCUCAGUGUUUGGGAACUACAGCACUUUCUGAAGUUCUUGAAUUUCCUGGGGAAGAAGCCAGAAAUUUGUUUAAGUGUCCUGAAUGUGACCAAAGCUUCAGUGAUAAUUCAUGCCUUGUUUUGCAUCGAAGAGCUCAUUCAGGAGAGAAAAAGUACAAAUGUGGUGGCUGUGGGAAGAUUUUCAAUCACAGAGCCAACCUGAGGACACACAGGGGAGUCCACGCUGGCGAGAAGCCUUGUAGGUGAGCUGAGUGCGGCGGCAGCUUCCGCCAGCACGCACAUCUGACUCGGCAGGUGAAUAUCCAUGUAAAGGAGAAACCCCACAUGUGUCGCAUCUGUGGGAGAGGUUUUAUGGGGCUCCCAGGAUUGUCACAGCAUCAGAAAGCCCGCACUGCCCAAAAAGCCUAUGAAUGUACCGACUGUUGUAAAUAUUUUGGACAGAAAACAAAUCUUGCUUUGCACGAGGGAACGCAUAUGGCGGCCACCCAGUAUCGGUGUGCUCCGUGUGUAAAGUGCUUUGGGCGGCCCUCACACCUUGUCCUCCCCAAGCAGGACCACGAGGACGACUCUGAGGACGACUCUGAACACUGUGAUGACUGCAGGGAAAAUUGGCGUUUGUUCUCAAAAUUCAAACCCUUAAAAUGUCCCGAGUGCACAAUGACCUUCCUCCGCAUCUCGGAGCUUAUUUACCAUCAGAGCAUUCACAGAGGGGAAAAGCCCCAUAAAUGUAAAACAUGUGCAGAGACCUUUAUUUUGGAUUCAGAGCUUGCAUGCCACCAGAAGAGCCACACAGGAGAGGAACCUUUUAAAUGUGCCACGUGUGGGAAAAGUUUCAGGUUGGACAGACAUCUUGUUAUUCAUCAGCAAACCCACAAGAAAACCACCAUGUAAAUAUAGCCAGUUUGAUUCCCACACUGCUUUUCUGUAUCUGAACUGGAGACUGGGGAAGAGUUGUCCCUGAUUCGUCACCGCACGCCCUGCGCCCCGACCUUGCUUGGGCACCGUGAUUGCCACUUUAUAACCGAGGAAGCGUAAUCAGCAUCCCAACCAGUGACUGAAACCAGCAUUCCAACUCAGGAGCUCGCUCGCUGUUCGGAGACCAUUUGUAUGAGCCAGAUAAUGAUUCAGAACUUGUUUUUCUAUUCAGUUUUCAUUAAAGUGAAUUUUUUGCUGGA